GUAUCAUUUGUUUUCAGAUCACAGAUGAAAAUUACUACUGCAUCAAAGUGCAAUAUUUGUACAAAUGCUCAUUUAUGAAAAAAGUUUGAUUUAGUUAUAGCGAUAUGCAAUGCUAUAUAUAUACCAUAUACAUAUAUCAUGUAAGAAAUAGUCCAAUCCACACUUUGCAAAUGUUAUUUCCCUUUGCAAGGUCAACUCAAAGGUCAGAAGGGGAAAACCAAACAUUUUCCUUCUUUAUGCUACCAAAUAUUUGGGCGUCCUGUGAUAAAAUCUGUGUGGGUUGCCCCAUCCUGGGUCAACCAAAAUACACAACGGUUACGGAAUUCUACUGUCAAAUAACAAAGUUACAAACCUCUAAACUAUUAAGACUACAGCGAAAAACCUAUGGUUUUCCCUAAAAGAUGGCGGUCAAGGGACAUAACUUUUGUAAAGUGUGUUUGUAGCAAAACUUAGUGACUGAUUGUACUGGACCUGCAACCAAAGGGGCCCCCACUUUUACAUUUUAUGAAAGAUAUCAGACAGGUGCACUUGACAUUGUUUUUAAUGUACAUGCUUCUUCCAUGUUUAUGGACUCGGACACUCCCAGGGUCUUUAAGUCAAGAUAACAAAGAAGAAAUACGACAACAGCAAUUGGACCCUCUGAGAAAUAUGAUUGAAAAUGAUGACUGUCUCGGGGGUGAGGAUACGGAAGAAGAUAUGUGCUCAUCAACUACCCCACAAAUCGAUCUCCAGGAAACAGGCUUAGAGAAAACAGGCUUAGACCGGAAACUGCUCGGACUUCCGGGAUGGGAGUACAUCACCGUUGGUAUGGUGGUAGUAGUUGCUGCCGUUAUUGGAGGAAGUGUAGCGAUCGUCUGCAAAAGGUGCGGCGGUUUGUUUGGAAAAGGUUCGGAGAAAGACAAUGAUUAAAUAAAUUACUGACGAAUUGG